GUGGAGGGAGGGACUGUUCCGGACAGGCUGGGCCCUGACUCAGGCAGUGACUGUGAAACCUGGACUUCAGGCUUCGGUGGUAAAUAGCCCUUAAAGCGACAGCGACCCUGGUCCCUGAGUCCCAUUGGGCCCCAGCAGAAGGCCUCGUUCCAGGUAUGAGCAGGAAGGAUGGACUUUUCUCCUGCUAUCCCCCACUGGGGUGGCUCCUGGGGCCUUCCCCUGCAGCUGCAGAGCUGACAGCAGGACCUCUGGGUGGCCCUGCUGUGGGCAGGAUGUAGGAGACCGGCUGGGGGCAUCGUUGGCCCACCCAGGGCUUCAGCCUAGCUGUCUUCAGCACCUGGAGUUUCUUUUGAUCACCAAGUCCUCUCUCCAACACCUUAUGAGCUGAAUGGAGGGAGUCAGGACUGGUGGGCUCUAUAGGAGGUGGGAUGCUAUGGAAUAUGACGAGAAGCUGGCCCGGUUUCGGCAGGCCCACCUCAACCCCUUCAACAAGCAGCUCAGCGAGCAACGGCAUGAACAGGGGCCUGGGGAGGAGGCCCUGGACCUCAGUGCUGAAGAGGUCCCUCCAGAGCUACCCCCUGCAGAACCAGAACUCCGCUGCACUGAAUGCGUGAUGGAUCUUGGCUUGUCCGAGGACCACUUCUCCCGGCCCGUGCAGGGCCUGUUCCUGGCCUCCGACGUGCAGCAACUGCGUCAGGCCAUUGAGGAGUGCAAACAGGUGAUCCUGGAGCUGCCCGAGCAGUCAGAGAAGCAGAAGGAUGCUGUGGUACGACUCAUUCACUUGCGGCUGAAGCUCCAGGAGCUGAAGGACCCCAACGAGGAUGAGCCCAACAUUCGAGUCCUCCUAGAACACCGCUUCUACAAGGAGAAGAGCAAAAGUGUCAAGCAGACCUGUGACAAGUGUAACACCAUCAUUUGGGGGCUCAUCCAGACCUGGUAUACCUGCACAGGGUGUUAUUACCGCUGUCACAGCAAGUGCCUGAACCUCAUCUCCAAGCCCUGCGUCCGCUCCAAAGUCAGCCACCAAGCCGAGUAUGAGCUGAACAUCUGUCCUGAGACAGGGCUGGACAGCCAGGACUACCGCUGUGCCGAGUGCCGAGCACCCAUCUCCCUGCGGGGUGUGCCCAGUGAGGCCCGGCAGUGUGACUACACCGGCCAGUACUACUGCAGUCACUGCCACUGGAAUGACCUGGCCGUCAUCCCUGCGCGAGUCAUCCACAACUGGGACUUUGAGCCGCGGAAGGUGUCCCGCUGCAGCAUGCGUUACCUGGCCCUGAUGGUAUCAAGGCCAGUCCUGCGGCUCCGGGAGAUCAACCCUCUGCUGUUCAACUAUGUGGAGGAGCUGGUGGAGAUCCGGAAGCUGCGUCAGGACAUCCUGCUCAUGAAGCCAUACUUCAUCACCUGCAAGGAGGCCAUGGAGUCGCGCCUGCUCCUGCAGCUCCAGGACCGGCAGCAUUUUGUGGAGAACGACGAGAUGUACUCAGUCCAGGACCUGGUGGACGUGCACGUGGGCCGCCUCAGCUGCUCACUGACGGAGAUCCACACUCUCUUCGCCAAGCACAUCAAGCUGGACUGUGAGCGGUGCCAGGCCAAGGGCUUUGUGUGUGAGCUCUGCAGAGAAGGCGACGUGCUGUUCCCGUUUGACAGCCACACGUCUGUGUGCACAGACUGCUCUGCCGUCUUCCACAGGGACUGCUAUUAUGACAACUCGACCACGUGCCCAAAGUGUGCCCGCCUGACCCUGCGGAAGCGGUCACUGUUCCAGGAGCCUGGCCUGGAUGUGGAUGUCUAGAGUGUGGGGGUGGUGGGGGGUGGGGCCAGCACCAAAUCCCAGGUGUUAUUCUGCCCUGGAGACCCUGGAUCUAGCCCUGCAGACCCCUGGACCCCCACCUGCUGGGCCAGAGGGCGAGCCACACCCAUGAGGACCAUCAUCCAGGAACUUACCAGGUCUCAGAGGGUCCAGUGGGAAGGAGAGUGUGGAGGGCUUCUCACCUCCCCAUAAUGCAGAGCCCUACAUGCCCUCUGGGUCAAGGCUGCCAGCCCAGAGCUGGGCUAGGCCAAUACCCCAGGGGGAUCUCUGGGAGCAACCACUGAGGCCACAGAUGCUGGUUGCACAGACCUGGGUGGGGCCUAAGUUUUUUUCUGCAGGGGGCAGUUUGGGUUCUACCCAGAGGCUCCUUCCUUACUGUCCCUCACCCCAGCCCCUCAUCUCGUCAAGGGCUUCUGGUGGGCCCUGACUGAGGCUGUUCCCAUGGACCUUCCUCCCUCAGGUCCCUCUCAGGCUGGAGGGAGUCCAGGGGCUCUGUCCAACAGGGAGAGAAGGGGCCUCUGAGCCUUUCUCUGCAUACGGACUGGCCAUGACUCUUCCCCGUGCUCUGAACUGGGCAGCGGGGGUCCAAAUGAGGGGUGUUGUGGCUGCAGGUGUGGUGCUGCAGGUUAGGGAAGACAGUGGGUUACAGCCAGCCCCUGUGGCAUUUCUUGGGACCAAUUUGCCACCGAGGAAGGAGCUCAUCCUGCCGCCACAGUGCCUGUGAAGGCUCUGGAUGCUUCGAGCUGGCCAGCAGGGUCUUUCAUUUGGGGGUCUGAGGCUGGGAGCAGGUGGUGAGAGGCCUGGGAGCAUCGACUGGAGGGGCCUCUGGGGGAAGAUGGGGCGUGGAGGUCCCGCUCCCUGUGAUGAAGGCUGCCUCUCAGGGUGCACCUCACAACCCCUUUUCACCCUGGUGGGAACCGCAUUGCUCAGGGUGUUUCCAGAGAGCAUCGUACUUUACAGACCCAGUGUCCCAGGCACAGCCAAGAGGACUUUUGGGGGCCUCCAGGGAGCAGGGCUGCCCGUACCUGCCCUUUGCUGCUGUCCCUCCUCGCCCUGGACUUGGCUGUUGGUGCAUGGCAGGCACUCAGGUGGUAGGAGGAGGGCAGGGAUAUGGCUUCUUGGAGGUCCCCCACCUGGACUGGGAAGCUAGAGGGGGCACCUUGGCAACAGGACUGUCAGCUCAGUGGGCCAUGCAAGUGGAGAGUAACAGCAGCGUCACCAUCCUCUGCAUGGCCAGGAAAGGGCAAGAACCAGUGGCGGUCAUGUCUCGCCUGCACGAGUAGCAUCAUGCGACGCCCUAGACUGAUACCUGAAAACCAGGAGAGUCACACUGAGCUGUCUUGGGUGAGGUAGAGAGGCCAGCAUAGGGGUCCUUCAUGGGAGAGCCAUGCCAUGGCAGCCUGUCCUGCUCCCUGCCCACUUUUAGAGUGUGUGGGGUCACAGGCUCCAUGCCCUCUCCCUGUGCCCAAAUCUGCACAUUCCUAUCUCAUUUCUCUCUGCUGUGUCACAUUCCUGCCAUCCUUGAGUUCAUGUGUAGUCCAUGUCACAUUGUUCUAGUUUGUAGUAACUGUGUCCACAGAAAAUGUCAGUAUGCUGGCAUUUGUUGGAUGGGGUUGGCAUCUUUAUUUUUGAUCUCCUCACUGUACUCCUCCCCCAGCACACUUCUUCCCCUCCUGGGCCUUCCUGUUGACAAAGUCUUUAAACAGAAUGGUGCGUGGGGUCUUUGAAUGAGUCCAUAGUGAGGUGGGAAGAAACCAGCAAUGAACAAGGCUGCCCACCAGCACCUGGGAUCUUCACAGGUCAUGCGGGUUCCAUGUGUGGGCCAGGCCUGGCUGGAGAGCACCUAGCUGUCCCAGCACCCUGUCCCUGGUCAUUAAACACCUGUUCGGAAACUCUCUCUCUCUGUGUGUGUGUGUGUGUGUGUAUUGGAUCAGAGUAGGGUACUGCAUGCAGGAGGUGGGAGAUUGUCUGGUUGGGAUGGAGUAAGAGUUCUGCAUCAAUGGGGAGAAGCGUGCAGGUUGGUUGGUGUCAGACGCAACAUAUCACCCUGCAGAAGUUAUGUGAUUUCUCCCAACCUCCCUUCCUUCUAUAGAAUGAAGUGGCAUCCCUUGCGGGGUUGUUAGGGCUCUGGGAGCAUUUAAUAAAUGUGCAGUAAGUAGAA